UUUGUCUUUAUUCACUUGUUAGCACUCACAGAUAAAAGCUUUGCUUCUUAUUUUUGUCACAGAGGCAUUGAUUUUAAUUUCAACCCAAGCUGAGCUCUCUUUCUCUCGCUCUUUUUUAUUUUUCACUGACAACAUUGACAAUUGUGAACAAUUAACAACAGACUUGAAAGGCAACAUUCUUAUUUGACUUAAGUUGUUGAACUAGAAUGACUUCUCAAGAGAAAGCAUGUCGACAUGGUGUUCGUUCCACCGGCAAGGACAUGGCGCUCUUUUGCCUGUUGCUGGUUAUCAGCUUCUCCUCAGCUGACGAAUUCUUCUCUUCCAUAGGUCAAAUGACGGAGCUGCUGCACACGGAGAAGGACCUAUUGACCUCGCUGGAGGACUACAUCCGAGCCGAGGAGACCAAAUUAGAGACUGUCAAAAGUUGGGCCCAGAGGGUGGCCAACCUGUCGGCGUUGGCCAUCCAGGACCCUGAAGUUUUCCUGGGGCACCCCAUCAACGCCUUCAGACUUCUCAAGAGGAUGAACCGCGAGUGGAGCAACCUGGAGAGCCUGGUGCGCAGCAAGGUGUCGGACGGUUUCAUGUCGGAAAUGGACGCCAAACGGCAGUACUUUCCCGGCGAGGAUGACCAGACAGGUGUGGCCGAGGCCUUCCUGAGACUGCAGGACACGUACCAGCUGGACACCGACACCCUGGCCAAAGGCCAGCUGCCAGGAACCUCCGUGCUCCCGAGCGUCCUGACGGUGGACGACUGCUAUGACCUGGCCAUGGCAGCAUACAAGGAGUCCGACUUCUACCACACGGUGCUGUGGCUGUCGCAAGCCCUCAAGCAGAUGGAGGAGGGCGACAUGGCCGCAAACGUGGAGGUCGUCACCCUCCUGGACUACCAGAGCUUUGCUUUUCUCAAGCAAGGAGAUCUGGAGCGUGGCUUGGAGUCCACCAAGAAGCUGCUGGAGCUCGAUCCGGAAAACCAGCGAGCCAAUAAGAAUCUCAGGUACUUUGAGCACCACCUGGAGAAACAGAAGACGGGCGAGGAGACGGCCGAGGUGCCCAAGGGUCGAGGUGACCACAACGCCAAGUACGAGCGACUGUGUCGCGGCGACAGCAUUGAGAUGACUCCGCGCAGACAAAGCCGCCUCUUCUGCCGUUACUAUGACAACCAGCGCCAUCCCAACUUGGUGAUUGCUCCCGUCAAAGAGGAAGACCUGUGGGACAAGCCCCGCAUCGUCCGCUAUUACGACAUUGUGACGGACGAGGACAUGGCCGUCUACAAAAAGCUGGCCAGACCCAAACUGAUUCGCUCCAGAGUCAGCAACUACGAAGAAAAUCGCAGUUACGCCGUUCCAACCAGGAUCUCCCAAAAUGCCUGGCUGGAAGACAGUGAGCAUGAGCGUGUGGCGAAGAUGGUCAAGAAAAUGAGCGACAUCACAGGCCUGGACUCGACCACGGCUGAGGCCAUGCAGGUGGCCAACUACGGCGUGGGAGGACAGUAUGAACCUCAUCACGACUUUCAAGGGGACGAGAUUGAAGAACCUUAUAGUAAUUUGGGCACUGGAAACCGAAUCGCCACCUGGCUAGUUUAUAUAAGCGAGGUGCCGGCAGGGGGGGCUACUGUCUUCACCGAAUUAGGCGCUGUCGCUUGGCCCAUUAAGGGCUCUGCUGUGUUUUGGUACAACCUUCGGCUCAACGGGAAGGGAAACUACCAGACCUCCCACGCUGCCUGUCCUGUCCUGGUGGGGAGCAAGUGGGUGGCCAACAAGUGGCUGCACGAGCGAGGUCAGGAGUUCAGGAGGCGCUGCGGCCUGCAGAAUUCUUGAACACAACAUGGGGCCCAACUGCACUUUGGCACUUGACUCCAUGCUAUGGUGUCCGGUUACCACGACGACCAUCGUCUUUGGCGAAAAAGAACAAGCACUGAAGCUGAAUAAUUAGUUAUUGGAAUAUUGAAAUGGGUUUCCUGUUGGCUGCUUGAAGAAUUAAACAGGUUUCGUUCCACUCAAGAGUGCCUUUGGCAUGUUGGGGAGAGAUUGCGUAAAUAAGUUGUCUAAUCUAUUGUACAUUUUUUACCAGUUAUUUCUUGAAAAAUAAUUAUUCAAAGUUGUGAAUCAGAAUUAAAUUUUAACUAAGUUAACAAUGAGCACAUUCUUUUGAUUCAAUAACUUGAUAAAUAAAAAUAUGUAAUGACAACAUAAAA